UCCUUCUUAGGUAAUCUGCCUCAUCAACUUCUCAUCCUCCAAAGUCCAAACCCUUUCUUAAAACUCUCACACUCCUCUCUACUUUAAUUCCUUUUCCCAUAAUCACUUAACAAUAUCAACUUUUCCUCUCAAAAACAUUUCUGUUCACCAAACCAAACCACAUAUGCAAACUCAUGCAUAUAACUAACAUACUUCAACCAUGACCAAACCAUUACUAUCAUGCAUUUUCACAUUCCUUAUCUCUCAAACACCAUGACCAAUCUCAACCUCUCCUCCUCCUCUUCUUCCUCUUCCUCCUCGCCUUUCGCCGCGGACUUCAACAUGGUCUAUUCCCUUAUUCUCUUCAUCUUCCAAAACAUCCAAACUCUUGAAAUUCUCAUAGCAAUCACCAUCUUCAUAAUCAUUCAUUCCCUCAAACAAAAGAACCAUCAUGGUUUACCUAUUUGGCCUUUUCUUGGUAUGUUACCUUCUCUACUCAAUGGCCUAAGAACCAACUUGUAUGAAUGGUUCUCUGACAUACUCAACAAACAAAACGGGACUUUUCAUUUCAAAGGUCCUACUUUCAGCAGCCUCAACUGCAUAAUCACUUCCGAUCCUCGAAACCUCGAACACCUUCUCAAAACCAAGUUCAUCAACUUUCCUAAAGGAACUUACUUCAGAAGCACGGCAAGAGACUUACUUGGAGACGGUAUAUUCAACGCCGACGACGAAAAAUGGCAGAAGCAAAGAAAAACAGCUAGCAUUGAGUUUCAUUCAACGAAGUUCAGGAGUUUAACAACUGAUUCUUUAUUUCACCUUGUUCAUUCUAGGCUUUUACCUGUUCUAGAGGAUUCAGUUGAUAAAAGAGUUGUUGUAGAUCUUCAAGACAUUCUUUUAAGGUUAACUUUUGAUAAUGUCUGUAUGAUAGCUUUUGGUGUUGAUCCAGGUUGUUUGAGUCAAAACCUUCCUGUUAUACCGUUUGCAAAAGCCUUUGAAGAUGCAACAGAAGCAACGAUGUUUCGCUUCGUUACGCCGACGUGCGUUUGGAAGUUCAUGAGGCUUUUCAACUUGGGCACAGAGAGAAAACUCAAGAGAUCAAUCAAAGGGGUUGAUGAGUUUGCUAUGAAUGUCAUUAGGACUAGAAAAAAGGAACUGUCUUUGGAAUCCGAGGACAAGAAAUCGCAGAAAUCUGAUCUGUUAACUGUUUUUAUGAAGAUGAAAGAUGAGAAUGGAAUGGCUUAUUCAGAUAAGUUCUUGAGGGAUAUAUGUGUGAAUUUUAUAUUAGCUGGGAGAGACACUUCUUCUGUUGCUUUGAGUUGGUUUUUCUGGUUGCUUGAUAAGAAUCAUGAAGUGGAGGAGAAGAUUUUAGAAGAGAUAUGCAAAGUGGUGAGUCAAAGAAAUGAUAUGAAGAAGGAUGUGUUUGGAAAUUCUUUGAUAUUUAGGCCAGAAGAGAUUAAAAAAAUGGAUUAUUUGCAUGCUUGUUUAUCAGAAACUCUCAGAUUAUACCCUUCUGUUCCAGUGGAUCACAAAGAGGUAGUUGAGGAUGAUAGGUUCCCAGAUGGAACAGAACUAAAAAAAGGAACAAAAGUGAUAUAUGCAAUAUAUGCAAUGGGGAGAAUGGAAAGCAUAUGGGGAAAAGAUUGCAGGGAGUUUAAGCCAGAAAGAUGGUUAAAAGAUGGAAAGUUUAUGAGUGAAUCUGCAUACAAAUUCACUGCAUUUAAUGGUGGACCUCGUUUGUGUUUAGGCAAAGAUUUUGCUUAUUAUCAGAUGAAAUAUGUUGCUGCUAGUAUCAUAUAUAGGUAUCAUGUGAAGGUUGUUGAGAAUCACAUUGUGGAGCCAAAGAUUGCAUUGACUAUGUAUAUGAAACAUGGGAUCAAGGUUAAUCUUUGUAAGAGGGGUGAUGAGGAAAUUGGAAAAUACUUGGAUUUGGUCAUUGGUGAAAAUUGAUUAUGAUAAAUUGCUAAAAGGACUAAUGAUGGUGUAUUGGUUUUUUUUCAUUUUUUGUUUGGAACAUCUAUAAAGGUUUAUAUCAUUAGAGAUUUAUGUAGUAUUAGUUUGUUAACACAGAGUGAUACUUAGAAAUAGGAUUGAGUGAGUAUAGUACUUGGAAUGAAAGACUAAAUAAGGAUGUUUUAAGUUGAUUGUUGAUUGAAUAUUUGGUAAUGGAAUUUAUGAGGAGAGAUCAUGUACAUUUCUUAAACUAGACAUUUCAAUA